UUUUCCUGUCUUACGUACUGCUACAUCGCCACCACCAGAGCCUUGUUGCCAUCACCUCGGAGUCAACUCUGGGCUUGGCUUGAUCCAUGUGAGAAGUGGACUUGGGAUGUGACUGUUCAGUCCAGAUGGGCAUUGGACUGCUGCCUGUACUCCUCCGCCACUCAUGCGUUGGUUGGGGCCAGUCAUUGAAUUUUCUGCUGCCUGAUGAUUGAUUGGGUGCUCUGUCCUUGAGUCGUUUUGUGUGGGCGAGGGGUGUGUCUGUGUGAAUUGAUUGUGCGUGGAAAGUCAGAGGAAGGGCACUGGCAGACAGGAUGGCAGACCUGCAGGCUUCCAGGCCCAAAACACCUGGAUCAUUCCCCUAGCAGCCCUUGGAUGUUAGGGACCCAGGCAGGCCAGGCAGGUUGCCCUCCUGUAAGCAUGUAGGACCAUGUGAGUGCUCACUGCUGUUGAUUGCCCGGGCUGGUGGAGCCGUGGAGGUCGUCCAGCCAAUCAGAAGCCUUGACUCAUCACUCCAGCCCCAGCACCAAAGCCCCAAGCUCGUGCUUUCCCUGGCCCAAAAAAUGAGAUAACCACCCAAUACCCUUUAUCGCCUUCCUUCUGGCUGGCUGGCUGGCUGGCUGGCUGGCUGGCUACCUAGGUAACUAACCAACUACCUUGCUUGCUGGCUGUGUGCGCCCACCCGCCGCCCGUCCGUCGCACCUCACCCAGGGCAGAAAAAAAAUUUGAGACCAGUUUCUCCCUCUUCCUCUUUUUUCCACUCUACAUCAUCAACCAGAGUAACCCUCCUCCAUCACCACCAACCCAUCCGUAGGACAGGUAGUGGUAGAUAAUCUCUUUCCCCUUUCUGAUUUGGUUUUGCAGGCCUCCUUUGUUGAGACGCUGCAUCCCAUUUCUUCCUCCCCUCCUCGCCCCAGUACAAUCGUCUUCGAUUGCGAGCGAGCGCAGGCCAAAGGCUUACCCAAGCGACCCCAUCCGCCGAACGGUUCCCAUCCCGUCCGUCCAUCUCGGUCAAAGUCGACACGCAGCGGCCCAACACCACUGCCCCCGUCUUUACUUCACUCCCUGACAGUGACCCAGCGUCCGCAGCAAGUCAGGGAUAUUUCUCAUCCAUAACCCUUGGCCAGGUCACUUUUGAUCUGGAUUUCAAUCGGUCAGAUUCACUUCGCGACUGGUUCACGGCAGCGCCUUUCUAUUCUUGACUUCCGCGACUGGUCAACCCGACAUUUCGUCAACAGUCCAUCUCGUCUGUCCAACCCCCGACCACCACAUCGAGGCUUGACUUUCGUCGACCGCUACCCCCUUCGCCAACCCACCCAGGCCCACCCCACCCCUCCACAACGAUCGCGCGAACCAUAUCACAAGUGUCACCGUCUCCAGACGACCCGGUAUCACAUAUGACUUCCACUGCGAGUCAACCCAACACAAACCCGGCGCCGAACACCACUGCUGCCUCGACGGCUCCUUCGUAUGCCUCUGCCGCUGGUGCUGCCAAGAAACCCGCCUCGGCGCCUCUGGUCGUAGGAGCUGCCAACCCCUCCGCGGUGGCUGGCUCCUCGGCUGCCGCCCCCCAGAAUGCCCCGUCGUCAGCUUCAAGCGUGAACGGUCGGCCUCCCGUCGCCCCUGCAGUUCCCGCCGUCCCGACUGUCGCCGCCACGCCCAACAUCAACGGAGGCUCUGGCGACCACGCCCGCAAUGGCUCCGUCACCAUCCCGCCCAAUGGCCCGACCAGCUACCUGGCGAACGGAGGUGCCGUGAGCAACAAGCCCCCGGGACUGCAGUUUGGCUACGCUGAGGCUUCUCCUGCCAUGCAACACAGCACCCCCCAGCUGAACGCGUCUGCGCCGGUCAACAUUCCUGGCGCUGGCAGGAAUCCCUCCCCAGCCCCCAGCCCCUCGCCCAUCCCCCAGAACCUGACAAGUGGCGGACGACCCGGAAACACGGAUAGCAGCUUCAAGAUUGGCAGCUACAACAAUGAAGGUGAUCGUAUGGGACGGCCAAACUCGAUGACAGCAGUGGGUUACCACGCGAGGCGCGACUCAGCUGUCUCCCAACACAGUGACAUGGGCCACCAUGGUCCGGCCCCGACUCGAGGCGGGUUCGGCGGUGGACGAGGCGGCCGUGGUGGCGGGUACAACAACCACCAGUACCCUAACCACCAAGGCUUCCCACCGAACACAAACCAGUCCUUCCGAGGCCAAGGCCGCGGCGGAAUGCCACCGCAACAGUUCAACCCCCGCGGCGGCGGAUACCAGCACUCGCCACAGCCCGCACGAGGCAGCCCCGCUCUUACGCCGGUCAUGCCCGGCCAGGGCACUCCGAACAUGAACGCUGCCAUGCCUGUGCCUCCUGCGCAGGGCUACACUCAGCAGUACCCACCGCCCAUGAGCGGCUACGCACCACAGCAGGGUGGCUUUCAACAGCAAAGCGGCUACCCCCCACAUAACUUUUAUCCAGGUGCAUAUGAUGGCAGGGCCUACAUGGGUAUGCCCCAGUACCCCCAGCAGCCCUUCCACCCUCAGAACAUAUACCAGCCAGGGUCACCCGCCCCGGGUGGCAUGCCUCUUCCAUACGGUACUGGACAAUUCGCCCCUCCACAAGGUCAGCCCAUGUCGCGUAAUAACUCACAGUUGUCAGAACGGCCAGCCUCGAGCACAGGCCAGAACCAGGGCCCCAUGGUCGUCUCUGGAACCCCUCAGGCUCAUGGCUCCCAGUCCAAGGCACCCACAGGCUCGUCAACUCCUAGCAACCAGUUCCAGAAACCAAAGAAGGCCGGAGUCACCAUCAAGAAUGCACAGGGUGAAGUGGUUAACUUCAAUGCUCUCAAGGCCCCUGUAUCCCCAGCACCCAGCAUUCAGCAGUCUAGGACCCCCCCUGUCAUUGCGUCCACACCCACGCCUCCACCCAAGGCCAGCACACCAGCCUCACAUGGCCGUGCCGAAAGUCUUUCCACCCAGAAGCCGCCAGACGAGAUCAAGGCCGCCUUCUUGGAGCAGGUCAAGAAGUCCAAGGAAGGCGAUGCUUCAAAGGCAGAUGACGACGCUGCUGCUGCUGAGGCCAAGGCCAAGGAGGAAGCUCAGAAGAAGGAGCAAGAGCGCAUAGAGGCUGAGGUCAAGGCUGCCGAGGCAAGCAAGGCUGCCGAAGAAGCUGCAAACAAAGCCAAGGCUGAGGCUGAGGCCAAGCUCAAGGCCGAGCAGGAAGCCAAAGCCAAAGCUGAGGAAGAGGCAAAGGCCAAGGCGGCAGCCGAAGCAGCGGCCAAGGCCGAGAAGGAAGCAGCGGCCAAGGCUGAGCAAGAGGCAAAGGACAAGGCCGAGGAACAGAAGAAGGCGGAUGCUGCCAAACAGGAGACCGACGACGAGUACAUGGAGAGGAUGAUCAGAGAAAUGGAGGAAGAAGACAGGAAGCGUGAGGAGGAGCAGGCAAAGAUCACAGCCAAGAAGCAGGCCGAGAAGGAGGUCGAGAAGAAGAAGGCCGAAGAGAAGCGCCUGGCCGAUGCUGCUGUGAACGACGCGAAGCUCAGGGAACAAGAGCGUGAGAUGGAGCGUCUCGAAGAGGAGAAGGAGAAGGCCCGUGAGAAGGAGCGUCUGGCUGCUGAGGGUGGUCAGUCUCAGUCGAUGUCCGAGGUCCUGACAAAGAAGAUCUCGGAUCUGAACGCCUCACAGAAGAGCGGCGAGGACUCUUCCAAGCUCACCAUCAUCAGCAACAAGGAUACUUCUGCCAUAGGCUCAGCACCAUCGUCGGCCAAGUCCACCGGCAAGCCCAAGCCAGCAGCCCUGAACCUUGCCCCCCUAAAGACCAACAGCGUCGAGCCAGCUCCGCCAACCGCAGCCAUGCAGGCUCUGAAGUCUGCUCGGUUCUUGACCGUCAAGGACGAGGUCAAGUACCCCAAUGGCAUUGCCAGCCCAAACCCAGCCGUCAAUGCCGCUGUGGCCAAGAAGGGCGGCUCGUUCAAGUACGAUUCGGCAUUCCUGUUGCAGUUCCAGAAGGUGUUCACAGAACAGCCAUCUACCGAGUUCUCACAGCAAGUCAAGAGCUUGAUCGGCGACUCCGACGGCUCGCGGUCUGCAUCGGUUAGGACACCUGCCGGCUCGAGCGGUCGCUCGGGAUCUAAAAACGCCGCUGGGGCCUUUGGCGCAUUCGCGCAGCCAGCAGGAAAGCCACUCCCGCCCGGGACGUCUUCAGCGGAGCGGUUUGCCAUGUCUCAAGGGCAGAUCCCGCGGCCAGCUAUGCCAGGGCCCAUCUCCUCCUUCCGGAGCGGCUCCGGUUUUGGUGGCAGCCAGAUGACACGCACGUCAUCGUCCAACCUUGGUCAGUCCAGCUCUCGCCAAGGCAGCCGAUCUCAGCGUGGCACCGGUAGCAAGCGCGGAUCAGCCCUCGACGCUGCGCAGGAAGCUAAGCUUAGUAGGACCAUGCCUCUUACUGCGGGCAUGGACCUGAAGCCCAUCCAGACUUCGGCUACUGGCUGGAAGCCAAAGAGCGUUGGCAGGGCUGCUGCUCAGAACGCAGAUGCUAGCACUCACAUGGACCCCGAGACUGUCCAGCGCAAGGUCAAGUCCAACUUGAACAAGAUGACACCCGAGAACUUCGACAAGAUCUCUAACCAGAUCCUCGAGAUUUCGGCACAGUCCAAGGACGAGCAGGACGGCCGUACUCUCAGGCAGGUCAUCCAGCUCACCUUCGAGAAGGCCACAGAUGAGGCGCACUGGGCUGCGAUGUACGCCAGGUUUUGCAAGCGCAUGCUGGAGACGAUGAGUCCUGAAGUAAAGGAUGUCACUAUCACGGACAAGAACGGGAACGUCGUCAGCGGCGGUGCUCUCUUCCGCAAGUACCUCCUGAACCGGUGUCAAGAAGACUUCGAGCGUGGUUGGGCAGUCGAGAUGCCCAAGCCCAAGGAGGGCGAGUCCAAGGAGACCGCGAUGCUGUCCGACGAGUACUACAAGGCCAUGGCUAUCAAGCGUCGUGGUCUCGGCCUUGUCCAGUUCAUUGGUGAGCUCUUCAAGCUUGGUAUGCUGACGGAGCGCAUCAUGCACGAAUGUGUCCGCAAGCUUCUCGACUUCCAGGGCGAACCCGAUGAGGCUGAGAUCGAGUCGCUCAGCAAGCUUCUGCGCACCAUCGGCGCCAGUCUCGACAGCACCGAGAAGGGUAUGAUGAUGAUGAACGCCUACUUCGAACGCAUCUCCACACUGGUUGAGACACCCGAUCUGCCAAGCCGGCUCCAGUUCAUGCUUAUGGAUAUCAUCGAUUUGCGACGGGACAGGUGGCAGUCCAAGGACGGCCUCAAGGGCCCCAAGACACGAGAGGAGAUCCGAGCAGAGGCCGAGGCUGCCGCCGCCCAGAAGGCUGCCGAGAAUGCGAGAAGCAGCUACCGUGGCCAGGCUGGCGGUCGCUCCCACACCGGAGGGCGCGGUGACGCGAGGAACUCGCUGCAGUUCCAGCAGCCCACAUCGAACCACGUGGGAAUGGAUGAUCUGCGUCGCCUGAAGGGAUCCGCAGGCAGAACUGCUAGUGGCAACGUGACCCUCGGGCCCACGUCCAUGUUCAACUCCCGGAGCAACAGCGGGCGCAACACCAGGCUCGGUCCGGGCGGCUCACUAGCUCGCGGUGCCGAGGACUCUGGAGCGUCGUCGCGGACCGGAACCCCACCCACCCAAGCAUCGACGAAUGCAUUUGCUGCUCUUGCCAACAUGGAGUCGGAGAACCCUGCAUCACCACCUUCGGUGUCGGCCUCGCCAGCACUCAACCAUGCCAAGCCGGCGGCCCCGGCUGGAGGCGAGAAGAAGGAGGCUGACUGAUUCAUUCAUCUUUCCAGUGUUCGCAAUACGCAUUAGAGCAUUCUCUGCGCACCUAAAUUGGGCAGGCGGUUUCUGCAUUUACGGCGGUGUCAAAAAAUACGUGUCAAAAGUUCGCCAGAUUUCCCCUUUUCCAUGAUACCUCGGCAUAGACAGAAGGCUCGUCUGCGGACACUUCCUCAGACAAGGGCUUUCCCUCGCAUUCACCUUCUUAUUAUUCCUCUCUGGACUUCUCUCCACGCAGUGGUGGGGUCCAGUUGCUCUCUACCAAUCUGAGCCAGGCCGCCUUUCCCAGUGAUGGACGAGGGAGGCUUGUCCUCUUCGGGACCGACCGGGGUCGAAGGUCAGAUCAUGACGGACAACGAUGGAACGCUUGUGAUGAAUGGGCAGAGACUGCCGGGGCAUGCCACGAUCAAGCACCGGGAUUUCUCAGGAUGGCCAGGCUAGGAUUAGGUAAUUAGGAGCAACGAUCCAGUGGUAGUUCAAGGGUAUUUUCUCGGGAGUUUACAGGUUUCCUCAGAACGCAAUUGUUUCUUGGCGAUCUUGUUGCUGUCGCUGUUGCUGGCUUCAGUCCGUCCCCCCGUACGACGAAAGGUGCAGGACUUCAGGAAGGCGGGAGUGGGCCGACAGAGGGUGAGAGCUUAACCCACUGGUUCCCAACAGUGGACCGUGUCUCGUGUCCCAGGCAAAAGAGGUCCGAGGUGCGGUGUAUACCCAAAAAGUUCGAGCGGGAGAAGCGCCGUGUAUAUCAUGAUGACUUAUCACAACUAAUUCGGGGAGGGGGAAGCCGGCUGCCGCAGUAGGGGAUUGUCUUUCUAUUUCCAGGAGGGUGCUUUCUGCUUAUUGAUGUGUUGUGUUGCCCUUCUGGACUUCAAGAUGUUAUACGAUGCAGCACAGCAGCAAUUAAUCAGUUCAGAUGUUCAAAUGUCGAUGCAGUAUGAGCGAAAUCGUAAGCCGCAGUAGUCAUCUCCCACCACGCCAAAGCCUCCAUGAUCGCAAAGCCUAGCCUACCUAGCCAGGUGUUGCUGUCGGAUGUGCAGUGAGAUACCACUAGAUAUUGACUCGAAUAUCCACGAAUGCACCCCGGGAAGAGAGGUAGAUAUUUU